AUGACAACAACACCAAAUGAAUUUCUUCAAUUUGCGAAGAAAAUGGGUCUUGAUGAAAUAAAAUCAACGUCAUUAACACCAUUACCAUUGUCAAAUAAUGAUAAUAAUAAUGGUUGUACACUAACAGGCUUAUCUGUACUGAAUAAUCUAUGUCAUCUUAUUGAAGACAUACAUAAAUUAAAAAUUGAAAAUGAACGUUUACGUGCUCAUUUGGGAUUAAUUAAUCAGACUGAAAAUUUUCUAUUAAAAACUGAAGAAAGUAAUAAAUUAAUAAAUCAAAAACAAAGAAAAAAAAUGAUACGUUCAACAAUAUCCAUUCAUGAUGGUGAAGGUGAUUUGUAUGAAGAAAAAAGUUCAACAAUAUCACCUUCAAAUUCAUUGAAAAUUAAACAAUCCGGUUCAUCUACUCAAUCAUUAACGAGUAGAGAACGACAGGGUGUGGAUUUUAUAAAUAAUCAUGAAGAUUUAUCGUCGAUGUCAGGUGUCGAUCAUGAUCAUUCGAAAAUGAUCGAUAAUAAUUUAGGUAUUCAAAAUAAAAUAGAAUAUUGCUCGUUUUUUUGUUAUUAUAUAUUUCUUUUAUCAGGUGUACCUAAUUUAACAAAUUGGAAUAGUCGAGUACGACAUGCAUUUAAAUUUUCACUUCGACGAAAACCAACUUCACAAACAAGUCCUCUAUUAAUUCAUACGGAACGAAUAAUUCCAGUUAUUAAUAUUUCAAAUGAAAAUGAUGAUGAUCAUGUUCAAGAUCAUAUAAAUCAAAAGACAAAGAAAAAAAUUCUAACACAUACUGAUAAUCAACGAGCUCUUACAGGUGAAGAUACUGAUCAAGAUGAUGAAUGUAUUGAAUUUAAUAGAGUACAUCAUAAACGUGAACUUUACAGAAAUCAUACAAUUAAUUAUUCAAGUCAUGAACAACAAGAUACAUCAAAUUUAUUUCAUCAUUCAUCGUUAUUUGAUGAUGAUAGUUCAUUAAGUCACAAACAAUCAAGAAUUGGUAUAUCAAAUUUUAAUUAUUACAUUUAUGUUUCUGGAACAAAUAUUUCACAUGAGGAAAAUUUAAAUGAUAAACGAUCAAAUCAACAACAAACAAAAACGACUUUAAAUCGUGUAUGUCUACGUAAAUUAUCACUUAUAUCAUCAAGUGAAAUUCUUCCAACAAACACAUCAAAUACAAUAAUACCAUUAGAAACAACAAUAACUAAAUUAGAAUCAUCAUCUCCUGUUGAUCAUAUAUCAACACCAACAAAUAGUGAACCAGAACAACCAAGUCUUCCAUCAUCAUCAACAGCACUUAAUAAACGUUUAAAACGUUCACGUUUUGAUUUUAAAAAAACUUUACAACGUAGUAAAAGUAUAUGUAUGACACAAUUUAAUUCUUGGCUUCAACGUCAUCGACAACAACAUUCAUCAUUACCUAGACGAAAAUCAGCUGCUGAUUCAAAAACAAAUACUAAAGAACUAAUAUCAUCAGCAUGUUCAACACCAAAAUUACUUGGUUCACCUCGUUUAGCUCGUAUUCAUCAUAGAAUAUUCAAACAAAAUCUGUCUUCUUCUUUGCCAUUAUCAUCAUCACAUUCAGGAUCACCACAAUUAAUGGAACUUCCUUCAUCAUCAUCAACAUUACCAUUACCACCAUCAUCAUUAUCACAAGUAUUCGAUGAUUCAGAUGAACAUUUUCAAAAACAAGAACCUCAAGUUCGUAUUUAUUUACCAGCUCGAACAUCUUCAAUAAGACGUCAUGUACGAAUUACUGAUAAUAAUAUUAUGACAGAUAAUAAUUUCAAACCUCCACCAAUGUUAAAAGUAUCAUCACCAAUGUUUAAUCGACGAAAUUUAUUAUCAACAAUGAAAAAUAAUAAUUCUAACUAG